AGGAGGAUUAGAGCAGAUUACAGUUUGUAACAGCAGAGAAGAAGAAGAAGGAGAAGAAGAGGAGGAAGAGGAGGAAGAGGAGGAGGAGAGAACUGGGACCGGGUCAGACACAGAGAAUAACCUGGUACAUACAGACCUGACCGACCUGGACUAAAGUGGACUCAGUGGACUGAGCUGGGAGCUGACGGGGGGCUGUUGAGGUAGACUGAGCCAGGCUGAACUGGUCCUGCUGGUCCUUACUGGUCAAAUCUGGUCUGGUAAGGGGAACAGGAAGUGGUCUUGAUGGACGGUUUCCAGGCUUACGGGGCGGGGAAGGCAGGCGGAGCUUUUGACCCCCUGACCUUCAUCAGACAGCCUCAGACCAUCGUGAGGAUCAUCUGUUGGCUCUUCUCCAUCGUGAUCCUCGGCUGCGUUGCUAACGAAGGUUACGUUAACCGUCCAGAGGAGGUGGAGGAGUUCUGCAUCUUCAACCGCAACCAGUAUGCCUGCAACUAUGCCGUCACCAUGGGAACGCUGUGCUUCAUCUGCAGCUCUGCUUUCCUGGUGCUGGAUGUUUACUUUCCUCAAAUCAGCGGCGUGAAGGACAGGAAGAAGGCCGUCAUGGCUGACAUCGCAGUGUCAGCUCUCUGGUCCCUGGUGUGGUUUGUGGGGUUCUGUUUUCUGGCCAAUCAGUGGCAGGUUUCCAAAGAAGAAGACAACCCUCUGAAUGAAGGCGCCGAUGCCGCCAGAGCAACCAUUGUCUUCUCCUUUUUUUCUGUCUUCACCUGGGCUGUCCAGUGUCUGCUGGCCAUCCACAGGUUUAAACUGGGAGCUGAUUCAGUCACGUUCAAUCAAGACUACGUUGAUCCCAACCAACAGGAAGCUCUGACUGAGGCCCUGCCCACUGAGGAGUAAAGGGGCGGGACUUAGAGCUGAUGGACACAGUGCUUAUAUUCUGUCAUUGCGAUGCGUUCAGGGACUCGUCCCUGACUGAGACUUCAGUGUCAUGGUGACACACGUGACAUGAUGUUGAAAAAAAAAUUCAUAGUCUGAUGAAAACACUUCACCAGGGGGCGUGUCCUCUCUGUUUUCAGCCAAUCACAGCUCAGAAGUAAAAAGUGAGUAUUCUAGUCAAAGUUUUAUGUUUAACUCACGCUAAUAUUAGCGUGUUAGCAAUAAAGGUUGAAAAAAAUAAUUAGCUAGCAUUAGCUUGUUAGCAAUGUGAUGCUGCUGAACAUACUAUCUGUAACCGUGUCUGUUGCUAACUUUAGCCAUCAUGCUAAUGCUAGCUUCUAGCCAACACAAUAAAACAGAGCCAACUAAUAUUAGUAAGUUCUAAAGCUAAGCUAAGCUAAAGCUAGCAUUAUCAGUAAUUAUUAUUUAUUUGAUGAUGUUUUUAUUAAUUGAUGAAUCAAAUGACAAAAAUUUACAAAAUAAAUUUAAAAUAAAUUUUAAAUAAAAUUUAAGCCAAACGGCCAAUCAGUUUCCUACAGUGAAGCGCCUUCACAAUAAAAGCCUGAAAAUACAAACUGAACCUGACAUGGUUUAGUAACAGUUUUUAAUCACAGCAGAGAUCGUCUUUCUGUUUUGAGCUGUAGUCAUAAAAUAUAUAUUUGGAAAUGUGUUGCAGCACCUUCCAUAGAAAAUAAGAGGAUAAGGUCGACGUCACGCCGCGGUCAAUCUUGUGAUGAUCACGCUGUGUUACAUGUGAGAGUCCAUCAGGAUCGUUUACACUGUAUCUAUCUUGUGUGUUGGGCUGAGUGCAGACAGACACACACACAGUCACAUGAUGGCAUCCCAGUCCCACGCAGCGUGACGUGCCUUCACAUCCUCCAUCAGUGGAUCUGGGUUAUAUUCUGAAAUCACAUGUUAAAUUUAAGUUUUCCAAAACUUAAAAAGUGUGCACAGUAUGUUUGUGACAUUUCAUCCUACAGUGCCAGGUGCUAAUGCUAACAGCUGAUGCUAACAGCUAAUUUUUAUAAACCGUUCAGUUGUGUGACCUCAUUUGAUAAACUGGAUUCUGAUUGGCUGGAGCGUCUGUAUCAUAUCAUAUUCUGACAGUUGGAAGAGACGCAGCGCCUCCUGCUGGUCAGAUGAGUAAACAAAUCUUUAUUUACAUUUUGACGAAUGUUUGAAGGGAAAA